GACACUUUUAUCACUCUGACAUUCUGGUAACCUUCGUAACACCAAUUUCUCUCCAGAACACCGGUUUGGCGAACGGCCUGCUCCAGUUACACCUGCCUCCGUCACCGCUGCCACCGUAUCCUGUUGCUGAAUUCCGCCAUGCUUGCCAGAUCGCACCCCACCCGCGUAUGAAAGGAGGAGCGUCCGCCGAGAGACGACCGCGCGGCCGCUGUGAAUAGCUGCACACACCAUGGCCGACACCGAGACGCAGCCCGCGCCUGUGGAGACGGGACCGAAUGACACACCGGAAGAAGGGAACCAAUCUACCCAAAAUGUGGAGGAAAAACAGAGGGACAAUGCUCCAGAGCCCGCUCUAGAGCCCGCCCCAGAUGCCCCAGCAGAGAGUACUGAGGAGAACGCUCCCCAACAGGACACAGCAGAUGCACCAAUGCCGGUUGCGUCUCCACCCACACUGGAGAUACCGAGUGGCCCGGGAACCCCAAGAACAACCGAGUUCUUCGAGCACCAUACCAAGCAACGACCGAGAUCCGACUCCCAGUCGACCGCAGCAACCACAGCUACCAGACCUUCGACGAGGAGUUCGCUGGUUUUUGUAGUGAACGCCCUCGAGACGAUAGCCGCCUCCAAGGAUGCAAAGAAGACGAAAAAGCUUGGGGACGCAACCGCGAAUGCACUGGCCGCCAUCAAGAAGGAAGGGGAUCCGGCGCGCAUAAACCCGGAGGUUCUGUUCGAACCACUUCACCUUGCCUCAGAGGCUCACACUGUGUCUGUCUCUAUCACAGCGCUGGACUGCAUUGGAAAGCUCAUCAGCUACUCCUACUUCUCGGUCCCUGCGGAUUCGCACCCCGACAACCCCGAGGCCACGCCCCUGAUCGAGCGAGCAAUUGACACAAUAUGCGACUGCUUCCAGGGGGAAGCAACCCACCCGGACGUUCAACUCCAGAUCGUAAAGUCUCUGCUGUCUGCUAUCCUGAACGACAAGAUUGUAGUUCACGGUGCUGGCUUGUUGAAAGCCGUGCGUCUGACCUACAACAUCUUCCUCCUUUCAAAAUCUAGUGCCAAUCAACAAGUAGCGCAAGGUGCACUGACCCAGAUGGUGGGUACCGUAUUCGAGAGGGUUAAGAUCAGACUUGCGGCCAAGGAGGCCAGGGUGAACCUUUCGCGAGUGUCUCUAAAUGAGAAGGAGGGUUCAGACGAGAACGAGCAUAUAGAAGACGAGCUGGAGGGCAGCACAGGAGGGAUUGGCGAUCCUGAGGUCAACGGUGGCGAGGACGAUGAGGCGAAUGGUGAAGGCAACGAGCCCAGCGACAAGCCUGUCGACAAGCAUAUUGGUCCAAAGAUCACACUGCAGAGCUUCGAAAACAACAUGAGCUUCAACGACGACCGGAUACACGACAACGCACCCACGUUGGUUACGCGAAUAAAGUCGAAGCCGGGAACGCGGCAAGUGUCUGGACAAGAUACCUCGCCCCAUCCGGCACACGAGACUGGUAGCGCAGAUGAGGACGAAGAGGAUGAGAUCUUCGUCAAGGACGCGUAUCUUGUCUUCCGAGCAAUGUGCAGACUGAGCACAAAAACACUUCCAGUAGAUCACGCCCUCGACGUGAGAUCCCAAGGAAUGCGGUCAAAACUUCUGUCGUUGCACAUCAUUCAUACCGUUCUGCACAACAACAUUGCCGUCUUCGUGUCGCCCUACGCCACGAUAAGAGGCAGCAGCAGCGACGAGCCCACUUCCUUCAUCCAAGCCAUCAAGCAGUAUCUGUGCCUGAGUUUGAGCCGCAACGGCGCAAGUUCCGUCAACAAGGUGUUUGAAGUCAGUUGUGAGAUCUUCUGGCACGUGCUGAAAUAUCUCCGGGUGAUGUUGAAGAAAGAAGUCGAGGUAUUCCUGAAGGAGAUUUAUCUGGCAAUCCUGGACAAAAGGAAUGCUGCCGUUUUCCAGAAGCAGUACAUCCUGACCAUAUUUGGAAGACUGGCCGCCGAUCCGCGAGCGCUUGUUGAAAUGUACCUUAAUUACGACUGUGACAGGACCGCUUUGGACAACAUGUAUCAACGCGUCGUCGAACAUUUGUCGCGACUCUCAAGCACUCCUGUAUCGGUAACUGUAGCGCAGCAACAAGCGUACCAGGACUACCGGUCAAAGCAGCCUGGCCACGAUUGGCAAACCCGUGCUACAUUACCUCCAUCACUGUCAACCGCCUCAAUGACCGUACCACACGAACAAGAACACGCUUUCCCACCGGAGUACGCGCUCAAGCAAGAGUCCCUGACCGCUUUGGUAGAGAUAUUGCGGUCACUUGUAAACUGGUCCGAACAGCCUGCCGCGGAGAACGCGAGGGACUCAAGGUUGGAUUCCAGAGCAUCUUUUGACGACCGCGCUUCCCUGGACACUCGCGCACAUGCUGAGUCCCCCAACGUUGGGGUAGAGUCAGGCAGUGCGACGCCGCUCGUGGAGGAUGAUCCGAAUGAGCUCGAAAAGGCGAAACAAAGGAAGACGGCGCUUACAAACGCCAUCCGCCAAUUCAACUUUAAGCCGAAGCGUGGUCUGAAGACUCUCAUCAGUGAGGGCUUCAUCGCUUCGGAUUCGCCCGCAGAUAUUGCACGCUUCCUAAUCGAAAACGAUACUAUAGACAAGAAGACGCUCGGAGAGUUCCUGGGCGAGGGCGACCAGGAGAACAUCGCCAUCAUGCAUGCGUUUGUCGAUCUCAUGGAUUUCACAAAGACACGCUUCGUCGACGCUCUGCGCCGAUUCCUGCAAAGCUUCCGUUUGCCUGGUGAAGCUCAGAAAAUUGAUCGCUUCAUGCUCAAGUUUGCUGAAAGAUACAUCACGGGUAACCCGAAUGCUUUUGCAAAUGCCGAUACAGCAUAUGUGCUUGCAUACUCUGUUAUCAUGUUGAAUGUUGAUCAGCAUAGCAAGAAGCUCAAGGGAGCCCGUAUGACCCCAGAGGACUUCAUCAAGAAUAAUAGGGGUAUCAACGACAGUGCCGACCUCCCGGACGAUUACCUUCGUGGUAUAUUUGAGGAGAUCGCGCAUAACGAGAUUGUUUUAAACACGGAGCAAGAAGCCGCCGGAAAUCUGGGCCAAACAUCUCAAUCUUCUGGCGGUCUCGCGGCAAACAUCGGUCAAGCCCUCACUGGUGGCGGGCGUGAUCCGCGACGAGAGGCUUAUGUUCAAGCGUCUGAGCAGAUGGCCAACAAGACUGAGCAACUAUACAAGCAGCUUCUUCGGGCUCAACGACGGACCGCCACGAAAAUGCCGAUAUCGAAAUUUAUACCUGCGUCGUCCUCUAAGCAUGCCGGCCCCAUGUUCGACGUCACUUGGAUGCCUUUCCUCACUGCUCUCUCUGGACAAGCCCAAGAUCAUAAUAUCGAGAUCGUCAGAUUAUGUAUCGAAGGCGUCAGGCUAGCGAUACGUAUUUCGUGCAUAUUUGAUCUCGAAAACCCUCGACAGGCGUUUGUCUCCUUUCUUGCAAGAUUCACCAAUCUCUACAACUUGAGUGAGAUGAAGGUCAAGAACGUUGAAGCCUUGAAAGUUCUCAUUGAGGUUGCCCAUACGGAAGGCAACUUAUUACGGGAGUCGUGGCGAGAUAUAUUGACCUGUGUGUCUCAGCUCGAUCGCUUCCAGCUGAUAUCCACGGGGGUGGACGAGCGCGCCGUUCCAGACGUGCUCAAGGCCCAGAUACAACCACAACGUACGCCGUCUAGUCGAAGCUCACUGAACGUGCCGCCUGCACGGCGACGUCAAAUGUCACAAGCUAGCAUUCACUUCCAGGCAGACGUGGCUGAGGAGAGCCGUUCCACGGACAUGAUCCGAGGGGUAGACCGGAUCUUUACUAAUACGGCUAACCUGUCAGGCGAAGCCAUUGUCGAUUUUGUCAAAGCUCUUACUCAGGUCAGCUGGCAAGAGAUUCAGUCAUCCGGACAGAGUGAAUCCCCGCGGACAUAUAGUCUGCAGAAGCUGGUCGAGAUCAGCGGAUACAACAUGACCCGUGUCCGUUUCGAAUGGACGAACAUCUGGCAGAUACUUGGGGCUCACUUCAACGAAGUCGGUUGCCAUACGAACACGAAUGUUGUCUACUUCGCUCUCAAUUCUCUAAGACAGCUUUCCAUGAAGUUCAUGGAAAUCGAGGAAUUGCCCGGUUUCAAGUUCCAGAAGGACUUUCUGAAACCGUUCGAGCAUAUCAUGAGCAACACAAACGUCGUUUCUGUAAAGGACAUGGUACUACGCUGCCUGAUUCAGAUGAUCCAGGCUCGAGGCGAGAACAUUCGCUCGGGCUGGAAGACCAUGUUUGGGGUAUUCACGGUGGCUGCUAGAGAGCCAUAUGAGGGCAUCGUCAAUCUCGCUUUCGAGAACGUCACUCAGGUAUACAACACUCGUUUCGGAGUGGUCAUCUCUCAGGGUGCAUUUGCAGACCUCAUCGUAUGCCUGACGGAGUUCUCGAAAAACUACAAAUACCAGAAGAAAUCAUUGCAAGCCAUCGAGCUGCUAAAAUCCACUGUUCCGAAGAUGCUUCGGACACCGGAAUGCCCAUUAUCAGCAAGAGCUGGGUUUGUAAAAGAAUCCGAAAAAGGGUCAUCAAUUCCCAAACAGCCCACUCGACAAACCCAGGAAGAGCAGUUCUGGUUUCCGGUCCUUUUCGCCUUCCAUGAUGUUCUCAUGACCGGUGAAGAUCUCGAGGUUCGCUCACGAGCUCUUAGCUAUCUGUUUGACACGCUCAUCACCUACGGCGGCGAUUUCCCGCAGGAUUUCUGGGACACCCUCUGGCGACAGCUUCUCUAUCCCAUUUUCAUGGUGCUGAAGUCGAAAUCAGAGAUGACCAAGGUUAUCAACCACGAGGAACUCUCGGUAUGGCUUUCUACCACCAUGAUCCAAGCCCUGCGUUACAUGAUCAAACUCUUCACGCACUUCUUUGACUCGCUGGAAUACAUGCUGGAUCGCUUCCUGGACCUCCUAGCCCUCUGUAUCUGUCAAGAGAGUGAUACGCUGGCGCGCAUUGGCAGUAACUGUCUCCAGCAGUUGAUUCUGCAGAACGUACAGAAGUUCAAGCCGCAGCAUUGGAGUCAGAUCGUCAAGGCAUUUGUGGAGCUGUUCCAAAGGACAGAGGCUACAGCGCUCUUCUCUGCGGCCACGGGCGGUCCCUCGUACACGCCCAACGGUGCCAGCAGCGCAUCAAGCGUCAAGACUCCGACAGCGGAAACCGCUCCUGGGGAGCUCAAUCUGCAAACACCCGCAGAGGAACCUUCCGCGGACAACGCUCUCGGCAUCAACGGACUCUCGACCGGUCGCCGCGCCUCGGUCGUCACCUCGGAAGCCUCCAGCACCACCGCCGUAGAUCAACGCAUGCCCUCGCCGCUCCCCAAGCGUCAGACUCAAGACCUCGAAGACUACCGCCCCGAAUCCUCGGACCUCCAGCAACCGCCCGUCGUCGUCACUGCCGCCCGCCGCCGCUUCUUCAACCAAAUCAUCACCAAAUGCGUCCUCCAACUCCUCAUGAUCGAAACCGUCCAAGAACUCUUCACCAACGACGCCGUGUACGAGAAGAUCCCGUCGGGCGAACUGCUGCGCCUCAUGGCCGUCCUGAAGAAGAGCUACCACUUCGCCAAACGCUUCAACGCGGAUCGCGAAUUGCGGACGAGGCUCUUCCGGGAAGGAUUCAUGAAGCAGCCGCCCAAUCUGCUCAAGCAGGAAAGCGGCAGCGCGAGCGUGUAUGUGAGUAUCCUGUUCCGGAUGUAUCACGACCGGAGCACGGAUCGGGCGGCUAGCCGGGCGGAGACGGAGAAGGCGCUGAUUCCGCUGUGCGAGGACAUCAUCCUGAGCUAUGUCGAGCUGGACGAGGAGACGCAGCAGCGGAACAUCGUCACGUGGAGGCCCGUCGUGGUGACGGUCUUGGAGGGGUAUCUGGGGUUCCCCAAGGGCGAGUUUGAGAAGCACGUUGGUGUUUUUGCGCCGUUGGUGGUGGGGUUGCUGGGGACGGAGAUGGUGGGGGAGGUGCAGAGGUGUGUGCAGGGGCUUGUGGGGAGGAUCUUUGAGACUAGGUUGGGGGUGGAGUUGGGAGGGGUGAGGUGGAUUGGUGGUAGUGGCGGUGGUGGUGCGAGGGGGGAGAGGGGGAGCGUGAGUACGGUUGGGGGGAGUCCGCUCGUUGGGAGGAGGGGGAGUAGAGGGCAGAGGUAG